AUGUUUUCAGUGACCAACCACCAGUCUUUAAUCUCUCAACUUCAAGAUGCUGCCUCGGUCCUCCGCACUAUCAUACGCACUACGAGACAGUCCCCAUCGCCAGCCAAUUUCAUAAGGCAGUACAUUCUGCAACCCACUUUCCGGAAUGAUUUCUUCGUCCUAUGCUACGCGUUCCCCGCGCUGUCGUGUACACCCAGAAUUCUUGACGCUGCGCCAACUGUCCGGUCCGACAUGAGCGAUUGGAGUUACGAGGGCACUCGGGUUGCCGUCGGGAACAAGAACGUGUUGAAUAUUGCAAGCAGCAGUCAACUUGGCUUUGUGGAUUUGGAAUUCAACACCAGAAAAUUGCUGGAAUACGCCAUACAGAACCUACCGUUUGCGGAUAACUGUGAUGGCUGCAAUGCAGGCCUGGAAGAGGCGGUGAAAGACGAGCUGAAACGCUUCAUGGGCUUCGAAGGAUGUGUCCUUACUUCGAUUGGUUACCAGUUUAACCUGGUUGCCUUCGCAGCGAUGGCGAUGGCUGCCUCAAGCUGCGAGGAGACGGUGUUUCUGAUGGACUCGGGUUGUCACAACAGCAUGUAUGCCGGGGCAUACAUUGCGUGCGCGAAAACAAAAGGCAAGGUUGUUCGAUGGCAGCACAAUGAUGCGGUCGAUUUAGAAAGAAAGCUCCAGCACAUUUAUGGCAACGACGACUCCACAGCCUCCAAAGGAAGGAAGAAUGUAUGGGUUACCAUUCUAGGGUUCUAUAGUAUGCUUGCAGCCGUACCAUGUCUUGAUGCCAUCAUAACUCUGAAACGACAAUACGGAUUCAAUCUGUAUGUUGAUGAAGCAGUUUCCUUCCUUGGCCUUGGGCACACUGGUCGCGGCAUUGGGGAGUUCUUUCAGGAUAGGGGCGCAGCUGAAAUUGGCGUGGAUGACAUCGAUAUGAUGGGCUGCACAUUUUCAAAGUCUCUAUCAUCCAUGGGCGGGUUUGUUCUCUGCCGAGCUCCUCUAACAUCACACCUAGAGGCCAGUAACUUGGCCAUACGAGCGGCAGGUGGUGGCUAUGCCGCCACAGCUUCAUUAAUUCGAACCCUGCAAAUCUUGAAGAAGCCGACUCUCAUCACCCAGCGCCUAGUGCAGCUGCGUCAGGUCUCUUCCUAUCUCAUUGAUGGCCUUGAAGCAAGAGGCUACCAAAUCGCAGCAAUGAGAGGCUCAAGCACGAUUGCUCUUUUUUUGGAUAAUGUGCAUAGAAUGUUUGAAUUCUUGAAGCAUGCUAGAACCAUUGGACUCAUCUGCACCGGGGCCGCCUUUCCUGCUGCGCCUCGGGGACGACCGCUUAUCCGUCUCCUCCUGACAGGUUUGCACACGUCUGCAGACAUCGACGAAAUCCUGAAUAAAAUCGACCGGAUUGCAAAAGCUGUUGGUGUGAGGACAGCGAAGAGGAUGAGUUCUCAAUCUGGCAAGACAGCGCCAGACAUGAACAUCUCCAAUUCUGCAAUCCCAGCGGACGAUAACUUUACCGCUGCAAAGUCUUCCGACGAUGUCGAUGCCUCAAUUCUUGCGGUUUGCCCACAGCCUAUACGCUCGUUAGAUUCCAAAUCUGCUGCCAUCCGUGCGAGGGGAGUCUCAGCUCUGUCAAAGUUCGGCCUCGGUGCCCAGGGGGCUCGCUGGACAUGGGGCACAUUUUCCGCUCAUCUAUCACUCGAGAAACUACUGCUGACAACUUUUAUCCCGAUGAUGUCUUCUUAUUUGCCUAGAAACAUGGCUUUGAAUCCCAUGGAAACAAUGCUGUUUCCCGACCCUUACACAGGGAUCCUGUCCAUCGUCUCGCAGAACAUGGAAUGUUUGACAAAGCGACGAAGGAAGAAGGGACAGAAAGUUUUGAUGUUGCUUCCUGAGGCGUCAGGAGCCGACGUUAGGGAUGGAGUUGCAGCAGCACGACCAGACAAGAGCGUGAAAGUGCGGUGGUAUACCUGCCUAAGCCUUCAAUCAAUCCUGCAACAAGAAUACGAAGCGUCCAGCGGGAAAGUGCAUUUGAUACUAUGCAUCGAUUUAAAGUUUCUUGUAGAUCAAGGGAGGAGCAGAAUCAGUGAGAAUGGAAGAAGCCUCGACAGCUUGAUUGCCUCCGAACUUUGCGAGGCACUGAAAGCGCUGGGACGAACCACGCCACUACUUUCCCUCACUCUUAUAGUGAACGACCCCUACAUGUUUUCUUCCGGUCUCUCAUCUACCCAUGCUCUCCUAUCUACGCUUGCGUCUUCUACCCUCGGUGUUUUCUCUUCUUCUACGAACCCAUCUUCAACCUCCCGCUUUCUCCUCUUCGGCUCAUUCGACUCUCUGCCAUAUGUCAGUGGCCUACAAGGGGCUUUCUGUAUAGGAUCGCAACACCUCGUUCAGAAGCUCCUAUUUAUGAGCCAAGGAGUGAUGUAUACAGCCAUGAUGUUGCCACUUAAUGCGGCAAUGGUGGAAGAGAGCAUCAUGAUGAUCAUUUCCGAGCGGAGUAAGGAUAGCGGUCCAGUCGUGCCAGACCUCUGA